AUGGAUGAGAAGCAGCAGCUCAUCGGGUCGCUCCCGGUCGUAAAUGAUAUCUCCGAACAGCGUGCACAAGCAAAGAAAAGCUCUCGUUGGGGAACCAUCAAACUUGUCACAGCAUGUGCAGCCUUGAUUGCUCUCCUCCAUUGGACCUUUGUCCUUCCUCAGCUGCCCUUGAAGCAUCAUGGAAAGCAUGGCAAGCACCACCACCACCAGAAGUCGCAAUGCCCUCAGGUUGAGCCUCUUGUACCGAGCCAGCAAAGCGACCAAUUAGUCAACAUGGAUGCCUACCUCAAGUCGCCUGCUUUCCAAAACUCAUCAAUCCAGCGUCUCUCAGGUGCUGUCCAGAUCGACACCCAAUCGUUCGAUGAUCUGGGCAAGGUUGGCGAAGACAAGAGGUGGGAAGUUUUCUUCCCUUUCCACGAGUACUUGGAGAAGACUUUCCCUUUGGUCUAUGAGCAUCUCAAGGUGGAGAAGGUCAACACCCACGGCCUUGUCUACACUUGGCAGGGUUCGGAUGCUAAGCUGAAGCCCACUCUACUCAUGGCUCACCAAGACACUGUUCCUGUACCCGACGCAACAUUGUCAUCUUGGACUCAUCCACCUUGGUCCGGUUUCUUCGACGGCAAGGAGAUUUGGGGCCGUGGCUCAUCUGACUGCAAGAACCAGCUUAUCGCCAUUCUCGAGUCCGUUGAACUGCUACUUGAUGCCGGUUUCAAGCCUGCCAGAACUGUUCUUCUCUCCUUCGGCUUCGAUGAGGAGAUCAGCGGUGGCCAAGGUGCAGGCACUCUCGCCCCCUUCAUCCUCGAACGCUACGGUCCCGACUCGCUGGCGACUAUCGUAGACGAGGGUGCUGGAAUCGACGACGUUUGGGGUGUCACUAUGGCUACUCCUGGCGUUGCAGAAAAGGGCUACACGGAUGUUGUUAUCACUAUCCGCAUGCCUGGUGGUCACUCUUCGAUUCCUCCAGACCACACUGCCAUUGGUGUCAUGAGUGAGCUUAUCACUCUGAUCGAGGCUGACAAGUACCCUCUUCGUCUUGAUGGCAAGAACCCUUACCUCGGCCAGCUCCACUGUGGAGCCGAACAUGCCCCUGAGUUCCCUAAGAAGAUCAGCAAGCUACUCGAAAAGGCACAGGGUCAGUGCAAGGCAAAGCCUGACCUGCUCGCACAUGAGGCAGCCAAGGCAGGGCCCGCCAUUCAGUACUUGAUGCAGACCUCGAUUGCCGUCGAUGUUAUCGGAGGUGGCGUCAAGGUCAACGCACUUCCUGAAAGAGUCCAGGCUAUUGUCAACCACCGCAUCAACGUUGGAGAGCACCCAGCCGAUGCUCACGCCAAGAUCACUGGCCUUGCCAAGGAUAUUGCUAAGAAGUAUGGCCUUGCUCUGCACGCUUUCGACAAUACUACCGAAACGCCUUCCUCCAUUUCGCUCUCUGCUUUCGAGCGUGUUCUCGAGCCUGCUCCUGUUACGCCUACUUCAGUCGAUAAGGAGACUGCCUACAGCGUUCUCUCUGGUUCAAUCCGUGCUUUGUACGGCAGCGAAGUAAUCGUAUCUCCCGUCUGUGCGAACGACCCGUGUGGCGUGAGUUCGAGAAGCAACGUUGGAACGGCAUCUCGCAGAUUUGAGCGCACUCAUGUAGCAAAGCUGUGGUGUUCUUCCGUCGAACCAUAUGAAAUCAUGCUAAUUGUAUCUUUGCUUUANGGAAUCAUGACUGGUAACACUGAUACCAAGUACUACUGGGAUCUGUCACGCAAUAUCUUCCGUUUCGCUCCUGGAUACGAUGGCGAAUCGAGCGGUCUGGGCAACAUCCACACUGUUGACGAGAGAAUUUCCAUCAAGAACCACGUCAACACUGUCAAGUGGUUCUCGCUUUUCAUCCGCAACAUGGAUGAGGCCGAGCUUGAGUAA